AUGACUGAUAUUUUAAACAUUGCCAGCGAGCCGAUCUUUGACGACCGCAUCGUCAAGAUCGAGACUCACACAUACAAUUCGUACGUCAACACAACGUUUGCACACAGCGAUGAGAUACGGAUACCCAUACAGCAGCAGGAUUUAUACACGUUGCCGUGCGACAGUUUUCUCUACGUAGAAAGAAGAUUGACGCUGAAGAAGAAAGAUGAUUCGCCAACAACGCUUGGAAAUAAUUGCGUGGCGUUCAUGUUUGAUGAAAUUCGAUACGAACUGAACGGCGUGGAGAUUGACCUCAACAGAAACAUCAGAGUUACCAGUACCAUCAAGAACUAUGUGUCGCUGACAUCCGACAUGGAGGAAGGAUACUUUAAUUUUUGCGUACCGCUCAACAUGUUGUUGGGCUUUCGCGAAGAUUACAAACGCGUGGUCGUUAACGCUCGUCACGAAUUGAUUUCGAUACGAGCGCGCAACGAUUACAAUUGUUUGGCGGGAAAUUCUGCGACGGAGCCUGAAGUUGAAUUAUUCAAAGUGCAGUGGCGAAUGCUUCACGUUACGUUAAACGAGGUGAAUAAAUUGUCGAUGCUGCGAGCAUUGGGAAGCGCUCGUUAUCUGAGCAUGAAUGUUUUCGCUCGUACUCGGGAUCUGUACGAGUAUUCUCGUAUGUUACAGAGUACUACCAAACAUUCAUGGGCUGUCAAAACGGCGACUCAGCUUGAGAAGCCGCGAUACGUUAUCUUUGCUCUGCAGACCGGUCGAAAGAAUAUCAUGUCUCGAGAUGCUAGCCUGUUCGAUGAUUGUAAUUUGAGCAACGUGAAACUUUAUCUAAAUUCAGAGUUUUAUCCGUAUGAUGAUUUGAAUCUGGAUUUUGGCAAAAAGAGAUACGCCGUUUUGUUUGAUAUGUACACGCGUUUUCGUAAAGCCUAUUAUGGAAUUGACUGUUUCAAAACGCUUCCCAACAUGCUCUCGUUUAUCGAGAAAGGGCCUUUCGCGGUUAUUGAUUGUUCGCGACAAAACGAAUUCGUUAAGAGCGCAACCGUAGAUGUACGCAUAGAAUUUGACUGCAAGGAGAAUGUGCCUGCCAACACUACCGCAUACUGUCUCAUCAUACACGAUCGUGUAAUCGAAUACAGUCCGUUGUCUAACGUAGUGCGCAAGAUCGUGUAA